AAUUCACCCGAAGAGCGAGUGUUUUGGUGUUUAUAUGGAUGUGCAAAUAUGAUAUUUCCAUCCAGAACACUACAACUGAUUACUAAAUCUGGCCAGGUGCUUGUGAAACGGCAGCUUUGUUCUUCGCUCCUUGUUUCCCCCCGGAGGAAAUAAACAGGAACACAGAACCUUUCUCGCGGUUGCUGCCGGCUUCUGUUCGAACCUGGGCUGGAUGUUUCAGUGUUCGGGGAUAAAGAGAGAAACGAAAGGAUUCGGAAUACGAGGUGAGAAGAAAGGACGGCCUAGAAAGCCAUAUUUCUUCUCUGAGGAACUGAACCGAGAUGUGUUUGAACGACAUGAGGAAAUGUUCUGGUGAGACUGGACUCGUAGCGACUCUGAAAAUAAACACUGCCGUCGAAAAAUAACGGAUUACACACGAGGCUUGUGUGCUGUGAGGUCGAAAGGAACACUGUGUACUGUUUGGGCGCCCGUAAAGAAGGUUCUUGUGUGUUGAAUGAGAAUUUUUUAACGCACAUCUUUACUUGAUGCUGGAUUACAGAGUCGGGGCGUCGCUGAGGACAGUGCGCAUGCGCAGAUGGCCAACACGAGUGAUACCGGCGAAAGCAACAAGCCGUCGCUUCAGGACUAUGCCAUCACUGCUUCUGCUGUGAAACUGGCCUCUCUUGGUCUCAUUGCAGGGGUCAGCCUGUUGGGAAACAUGCUGAUCUCGCUGUUAGUGAUUAAAGAUCGGUCUCUUCACAAAGCACCGUAUUAUUUUCUGGUUGAUCUGUGCUUGGGGGACGUGGCGCGCUCAGGAUCGUGCUUCCCAUUCAUGAUGGCGUCUGUGGCACGCGGUUCGAUGUGGGCUUAUGGAGCGAUGAGCUGCAAAGCCGUGGCUUUUCUGUCCGCUCUGUUCUGCUUCCAUGCCGCCUUCAUGUUGUUUGGUGUGAGCGUUACGCGCUACAUGGCCAUCGCGCACCACCGAUUCUACGCCAAGCGCGUGACACCAUGGACGUGCGCCGCCGUCAUCGGCGUGUCGUGGAUUUUGGCAGCGGCCAUGGCCCUGCCGCCUGUGUUUGACAUGAACGCAUACAGGUUCAUGCACGAGGAAGAGCAGUGCACGUUUGAGCAACGCUACGCGAGGGCCAACGACACACUGGGAUUCACUCUGAUGUUGGCUGUGGUAGUAGGAGCCACGCAUGCGGUGUAUGUCAAGAUGCUGUGCUUUGUGUAUGACCACCGCAAGAUGAAGCCAGCUCAGUUAAUCCCAGCCGUCAGCCACAACUGGACUUUUCACGGGCCUGGGGCUACAGGUCAAGCAGCUGCUAACUGGAUCGCCGGAUUUGGACGUGGCCCGACACCGCCCACUCUAGUGGGCAUCAGGCAGGUAGCACAUGGCGCCAACAGAAGGCUGCUUGUCCUGGAUGAGUUCAAGAUGGAGAAGCGUAUUGGGAAAAUGUACUACAUGGUAACGCUGGCUUUCCUGCUGCUCUGGGCACCGUACAUCGUGUUAUGCUAUGCACAAGUAUUGGUGAAGGACAGUGGCAUGCCACGGGCAUACGUGAGUGCCGCAGUGUGGCUCACUUUCGCUCAGGCAGCCGCCAAUCCUCUCAUUUGCUUCGUUUUCAACAAGGAGCUCAGGACACGAUGCCGAGCCUGCUUCCCUUGCUGCUUGACUAGUCCUACCCAAACGCCCAUGGAGCCAUACUGUGUGAUCUAAAGAACAUUUCUGGUCUACACCUCUAUUUUUCUUCGAUUGAAAGAUUCUUAAUUUUGAUUCAUUUAAACCAAACCAAAACAAAGCUAUAAUGAACUUUUCUGACAAAAAACAGGUUUUCCGACAAUAAAUUACACAAAAGUUGAUUUGAGUAAGUAGUAAAUCUGUGUGUGUGUGUGUGUGUGUGUGUGGUUAUAGGAAAAUAAUCAACAAUCAGGCAGUAUGAUGCAUUACCACCCCUUGAUCACAUUACCUUUUCUGAUUAUUUUCCUAUAAUGGCACACCCUAAAAGUUUGUAUUCCUCUUAUACCAGAACAGUUUGACACGGAUUAUAAUUUUGAAUUUAAUACCCGAUGACAUACUUUGUGAACUGUUUAUAGGUUAUGGUUAAAUGGUGUAUAACAUCUGUGAGACAAGUUAGUUCCUAUAUCUAGUAUCACUUACAUUAUAGCAUCUACCCGUAUAAACAGUUGUUCCCUCACCAUCUACCGAGAACCAGAAAGUGUCCACUUUCCCGUAGCAGAAAAUCUGUUCUUAUGCACUGUUGCCCAAAACUCUUUCCGUAAGUGUGAAAUAAAUAUUUACUUGCUGCAGAAAGACACGGUUUUAAUCCGUUUAUUAUUAGACUUAAAUUAUGUGGAUUGUCCGCUGUACAAGUCCCUGUGAAUGAGCUGUUGCUAUAGAAACAACAGCAUGUUAGAAUGAGUGCAUUAAUAUAAACCUGUCAUUUGAAUUACAGCCAGCACUUUUAUCGGAACUGCUGUUAUAGAAAACUAAACACCUUCUGACAGAUCAGAUUCAAAAAUUCAACAGCGCUGUCGUAUAACUUGAAAUAAAAUGACGAAAGUAGUACAUCGGAGGGAAAAGGAAUCAUGUUUUUAAAAUACUAAUUAAAUAAGGUGUUUCCGUGUCUCCCUUUUAAACAUUGCUACGGUUUCGAACUAACAGUGGUGGGAUGACGAAACUGCUGUCCAUUAUAGCAACCUUUUUGUAGUUUGGUGUAUAUGUAUGAUCACCUCGUGUUCUCAAGACACCAUCUUUAUACGUAUUCACGACUGUAGUUUUAGUGCUUCUGGCUCACCAACCUAGUCACUGUGCUCACAGACUCAGACUUUUUAACAUCGAAUAUACAGUAUAUAGUAACAUAUUUUUGAUAUCUCCAAAUAGCAUCUGGCUGGUUAAUUUUAGGUAUCAGAAUAAUUAUUACUUCCGCUAAGUUUGUCGGACGAGGUUAUGUUUUCGCCUCCGUUUGUUUGUCUGUUCCCAAUGUAACUCAAAAAAUAGUGAACGGAUUUCGAUGAGAUUUAGAUGAAAGGUGGGCUAAGGAACAAUUUAUUUAGAUUUUGAUGCAAAUCCAGAUAUGUAUGCAGAUUCAGGAAUUUUUCGGGGGGAGUCUGUUCCCAACGUAUCUGAAAAAGUAGUGAAUGGGUUUUGAUGAAAUUUGGUGUACGGCUUUAGUAUUAUCCUGCGUUCAAGUGAUUUUGAUUUUGAUGUUAACACAUGGUUUGGUGAAGGUAUGCACUCUACUGAGUGCCCUUCUGGUAUAUAAGCAUGCUUGUAGGACAACUAAUGUGGAAAUCCCGCUCUGGUCAUUGGUACGCGAGUCUUGCUCCUCCACGAAAUCAUGGUGUGCCGAUCGCCGCUGAUGGAGAAUUCGUGCUCUGUGUGAGGCUUACAGCUAGUUCAAUGAACCCGGAACAGCAUGGGAAUGGUACGGAAUUCACAUCAAUUACGAGGAAUACAUGCUAAUUCUCGCUAAUUUCGGUGUUUUUAAAGAAGAAAGUCAAGACAUUGGGUUUUAUGCAGCCAAGUUUAUUCAAUAAACUUUUUUUUUUUUUUUACUUUUGGUAGCAUAUUUUGGGCGCUUGACCUUAAUUUGGGCGCCUACGACGUUAUCCGUCGCAGGUUUCAUGUAAUUGAAAAGCCUGGAUACGGGUAAAUAUCACCCAAAAGGUGGAAAGACAGGAUCGCCUUCUACACUUAACAGAAAUGGUUUCAUCCCACAUGGCUGAAUUUUUUUUUUUUUUGUUCGUUUUCCAAGGAUUCUUUGGAUAGAUACAUGUUCAGAGUUUCCUAAAGAGUUCUGCUUUCAACCCCCUUUGGUAAAGAUACACACGGAUGUAUGAUUGUACAUAGGACUUUUUUUCUAUGUCCCAGGGGGACAAACCAAAGAACCCCAGGGGAGUUCUAGAUUGAACUGUUUUUAAAGGUGUAAUAAAGACAUUCAUAUGUUUCCCAGCAAAACAUUUUGCUGUAAAUUCUGUAUAACUUAUUUCUAGUUCUUUUAUAUUUGCUAUGUAAUACACAGUAUUUGCAAAGACCUUGACAGAUUUCUUUUUCAUUGGGUGUGUCGAAAGCUUUUUUCCCUACAUGUGUCACAUGGACUUCAGUGUAUGGACGAAGCAACAUCCUUUCACCUUCCUGUUAUUUAUGUUAUUAAAAAAAAAACUUUUCUAUAAGGACUUGAACAAACUUUUAUUGGUGUUUUUGUUAAUAAAUACCAUGGAUUGGUUUUACAGAGACAUUUGCAUUGUCUG